AUGCGGGCCGCGGCCGGACACAUGUGCGCGACGCUGCCGCAGCGCCGUGGGUCGCGCAAGCUCGCGGACGCGCUGACCGGGCGCGCUGAGCGCAAGCCGGAGGUGGACGCGCCCGUGAGUGCGAGCAACGGGCGCUCCGGGGACAACGGGGCCCGCAGCGAGGAUGACGCGCGCGGUCGGAGCGUCGAGGUGGGGGAGGACGGCGGCGCGGACAGGCCGCAGGCGUCGGCGGGGGGGUCGCAGGGCGAGGGGCAGGAUCAGAAGCAGCGGCCGCCGUGGGUGCGGGCGGUCCAGAGCGUGGCGGGCGCGGUGGGCGCAGCCCUCGCGGCGGUGUUCCGCGUCCUGCCGACGCCGUUGCAGAACGUCAUCGCCGCCAUCAUGGUCCGGAUAUACCCCUUCAUGCCGCUGCUCGCCGUCUUCGGACUCUCCGUGGUCAGCAGCCGACGGGGACGCGAUGCGCCGCGGCCGGUGAUGUACAGCAAGUUCAUAGACCUGGUCGACGCCGGAUGCGUGAAGCAAGCGACGCUGGAGACGAGCCAGACGCGGGUGUUCUUCACCCUGCGGCCCGAGGUCCGCGAGGCCCUGGAGUCCUACGGCGUCACGACGCUCGCCGAGGUGGACACGGCCGUCACGGACAAGCUCCCCGGCAACAAGAACGCCAAGGUCACGCCGCUGAAGACCAAGGGCAAGAAGGCGCCCAAGGCCGCAGCAGUGGAGCCCGUCGCGCCGGAGGCCGCGGCCACGAAGAAGCCCUCGAAGCUCCCGAACCGCUGGUAUGCGCUGCGGGUCCCGGACGGCACGCUCGUCCAGCGUCUGCAGACCGCGGGCGUGGAGUACGGCGCGGUUUCGCCUACGAUGGGGCAGUCGAUCAGCCGCGUGCUCAUGACCGCGCUGGCCCUCUGGAUCCCGCUCCUCCCGAUGCUCUUCCUCUUCCAGCGCUUCCUGCGCAACCAGUCCGGCGGCGCGCGGAAGAGCAACCGCCGCGCGUCGGGCAACUCCCGGGAGCCCCGCGUGACCUUUGCCGACGUCGCGGGCGUGGGCCCCGCGAAGGAGGAGCUCAUGGAGGUCGUGAACUGCCUCCGCGACUCCAAGCGCUACGCCAAGCUCAACGCGCGCACGCCCUCGGGCGUCCUCCUCGCCGGCCCGCCCGGCACCGGCAAGACGCUCCUCGCCAAGGCCGUCGCCGGGGAGGCCGGCGUGCCCUUCUUCUCGGCGUCCGCGAGCGAGUUCGUCGAGAUGUACGUCGGCCGCGGCGCCGCCCGGAUCCGCGAGCUGUUCGCCGAGGCCCGCAAGCGCGCCCCGUCGGUGGUGUUUAUCGACGAGCUGGACGCAGUGGGCGCGCGGCGCGGCAUCGGAUUCAACGAGGAGCGCGACCAGACGCUCAACCAGCUCCUGACGGAGCUCGACGGGUUCGAGGGGCGCCAGGGCGUGGUCCUGCUCGCGGCGACGAACCGGCCCGAGGUGCUGGACUCGGCGUUGCUGCGGCCGGGCCGGCUCACGCGGCGCGUGAACGUGCCGCUCCCGGACCUCCAGGGCCGGAAGGACAUCCUCGAGGUGCAUCUGAAGCGCGUGCCGGUGCGCGGCACGGAGCGGAAGGAUCUCGCGGACGUGCUGUCGCGCAUUACGAACGGGUUGAGUGGCGCGGACCUGGAGAACGUGGUGAACGAGGGGGCGCUGCUGGCGGGCCGGCGCGGCGGGGACGCGGUCGGGCUGGAGGACCUGCUCGACGGGCUGCAGCGGACGCGGUACGGGGUGGGGGGUGUUGCCGGCGGGCCCGUCGGGCAGCAGUUUUUGCGGUGGAUGGCGGGGCUGUCCGGGGAGGGCAGCGUGUCGGCGCGGAACGCCACGUGA